CUUUAACCUUUCCUUUUAAACUUUAUCUGAAGCUGUCAAUCUCGUCAUCAACCACCUUGGUGCUUUCUGAUAUUUCGACCCUCACCAUACACCUUCCGAUCACCAUCAACAUCGCUCAAGUCUCUCUUCCCCUCUCCCCUUCUCUAACACUAUGGAUAAGAAAUCUACAAGCGGGACUACGUCCUCCACGCAACAGCCAACACACCUAGACCUUGCCGAGUACCAGGCAGAAUGGGCUAGAAUCCAUGAGAACACAAUCCGACAGAUUGAACAAUUCAAAGCCAACAGACAGACCCCGAACGGCUUGGGUUCAGGAACGAAGAUGUCUUCCUCCCAUCGGUCGCCGAGCUGACAACGCACGACGCAAAUCACUUGACGAAAAACAUUCUUACGAUGGCAUUCGGUGCCGGUGGAAAAGGAUAUCCAUCGCAACGUGGCGUGUAUGGGUCUUUUGGAUUUCAUUGCGAUUGAGCUGUUGUGCUUGGAUACUUUUAAGGCGUUUGAAGGGCAAAACUUUGAUAUCCCAUCAUCAUUAUUUCUUUCUUUCAGUUUUCCUGGGCUCCUCUAUACUUGUUACCAUUCUUCCCAUGGCUCUGUUCAAAGGAAUUUUUUUUUUAAUUUGAAUUUGUUGUCAC